AUGUUAAGUGUAAAGCUAGCCUCUUUACAACUGGGCAAAUAUUCUUCACCUUCACUACUGCGCUCCCGUCCAUUAAUUAAUCGAGGGAUACACACGCAAAAUGAGAUUGUGCCAUCGAUUACCAGUAUCUUGCAAUCUUCUUCUCAUUCGUCAGCAAAGCGUGGCAUUGACUCAAAGAAUUGGAUUAAGAUGUCAAAGGAUUUGGAACAUGAGCUCACAAACCUUCUGUUAUGCUUUAAGAUUGAUGAUUCAAAGGAGCAAAUAGCCGAAUGGAAAUUCCUGAACGGCAUGUCCAAAGCUACUAACGGACCAAUAAGCAACCCCCCUAACGGUUUGCCCUAUAAUACUACUUUGGAUUAUCUUAAACGACUAUCAAACCAUAUUUUCAUUCGCUACCAGAGGUCUGUUAUCGAUGUCACAUCCCGCAUUUUGAAAGAUGAGAAAUUUAGAACUGAUCCGACAGCAUUGAUAUAUUCUACCAAAAUAUUGUUGUUGCAUGGAUACCGAACUGAAGCCUUUAAGAUUCAUAAACAAGCACUAUAUGGUCCAGAGCAAGACUGUUCAACGGCAAGUCAGUUAUUCAACCUAAUUUUGUUCAAUGAGAUGAGUCAACUCGAAGAAGCAAGCCAUGAAACUAUUAUUAAUACAAUAAUGACUCUAAUUAAAUCACUUCCACAAGAUUCAGCGAAGAUAACAUAUUCCACUUUGUUAAUUGUGUUUCGUAAUAUAUACACACCAGAUGAGAGAUUACGAAUACACCGUUAUCUUAAAAAAACUAGACCAACUUGGAGCUUGCGGCCCUUUUCUGAUCCCUUACUGAAAGACCAUUUGUUGAAGGGAGACAUCAGUAAAAAAAUUAUAACGGGCAAGGCUAAACACUUAUCGAUACACAAUGCCAACAUGGUACUUUCCUACUUGCUUGACCAGGACCUGAAUCUGACUGUUGAUUUUUUCAAUCAAAAGUUUUCGAAAGAUUAUACUUAUCCCAAUGCUGGAACCGCUGCAACAUUUGCGAAUUACUUUGUUCCUCGAAGACAAUUUGUUGAACUAUUUUGUGUGCUGUACGUUAUUGAAAACAACUUUGAAGUGAAGGUGACAUCCUUUUUUGCCGAUACGCUCAGAGGAAUGAUGAUGAGCUGGUCUUCACAUCCUGAAAACACGAACAGGGAUUCGAUACAGCUCUAUUACGAUUACAUCAAUGGUAAUCCUCGUUUAAAAAUUCCAAAUGAUCUCAAGCGGAGAACGCGCCAAAGGCUUCGUUUGACCCAGAAUGCGACAAGCAGCAAACGAGCCAGACAACUCUUCAAAAAGAUUGAGAGAUCGAACUUGGACAGAUUAUGCAUUUUAGGUAUCCAAGACAUUUGA